AUGGAAGUUGAGCUCUCGACUGCAAGAACGGGUGCACAUGUCGUGACACAAAGCCGAGUGUGCCACUACGGUCUAACAAAAAGUUAUGAGAAAGAUGCAAAAGAUGAUCUUAUCAGAUGCAAACUGCUUGCUCCUAGUAUUGAAGAUGGUGAAAGCAGUGUGGAAGAAGUUGCCUUUACAAUUUGUUCUCCAGGAUCUAUAGAGUUGAAGUACUGA